GUUCCAUUGUUAAUUAUUAACGAACGGGAUAGGAUUCGAGAUAUCUAUGUUAGAAUUAAAAGUUACCACACUAUUCUGAACAAGUACAUUGGUUUACUAUUGAAAAUGGAAAGUCUUAAAGCUAGAGAUGACACUAAAAGUGAAAUACAAACAUUUUUCAAGGGUUUAAAUAUAUUUUUAACAGGAGGAACAGGAGCUGUUGGACAAGUGUUAUUGGAAAAAUUACUGAGAUCAUGCCCGAUAAGCAACGUAUUCCUUUUGGUGCGCGAGAAGAAGAACAAGAGCCCGGAGACGAGAAUCGAUGAGCUGUUCAACAUGCCGUUGUUUGACAGGCUAAAAGUGGUUCAACCGAAUUUCAUUCGGAAAAUCACCCUGGUUAUUGGCGACUGCGAGAAACCCGAUUUGGGUUUGUCGGAAGAGGACAAGGCGCUGCUCGUGGCACGUGUGGACGUGGUGAUACACUGCGCCGCCACCGUAAACUUCAUCGAGCCGUUAAGACGGACGACGUUCAUCAAUGUCAGAUCCACCAGGGACCUACUGCUGCUCGCCAGACGGAUGAACGGGUUAAAGGUGUUCGUGUAUGUUUCGUCAGCGUUUUCAAAUUGUAAUCGAAAUUAUAUCGAUGAAAUCAUCUACGAAAAUCACAUUCAAGGUGACACCCUUAUAGAAAUGGCUGAAAACAUGACGGAUUCAGCUAUGGAUUCAAUAACCAAUAAAUUGUUAAAAAAUUGGCCUAAUACUUACACGCUAUCAAAGUGUAUCGCGGAAAACAUCGUUCAGCAGUAUGGUAGUGGAAUGCCUAUAUGCAUUACUAGACCUGGAAUCGUUGUCAGUACAUAUGAUGAUCCAGUACUCGGAUGGGUAAACAAUUUUGUCGGCGUGAACGGUUUGACAUUAGGAGCCGGACUAGGCGCCAUACGAGUAGUGUUAGCGAACAACAUAAAACUCGCUGUGGUUCCUUCGGACAGAGUGGCAAACGCAAUUAUAUCAUCCGCUUGGCACACAGGCGUCGUCGGUACAACCAAUUCCAUACCAGUGUUUAACUACGUAUGCGUUAACAUGGCUCCGAGAGUACGUCUUUCUUAUUUAUUGGAUACCAUUAUAAAUACGGUGAUUAAGAAAAAAUUAUUUUCAAAAAAUCAGAUAUGGUAUCCAGGAAUAAUUUACACUUCAUCAAAACCAAUUUACAAUGUUCUAUUCUUCCUGUUACAUUAUUUACCAGCAAUUUUGGCGGAUAUUUUCCUACGAUUAACUAAUAACAAAAUAAGUGCUGUUAGAAUUUAUAAAAAAGUUUACAAGUUACAAAAUGUCCUGUCACCUUUCACACUAAUUGAAUACAAGUUCAACGAUCAAAACGUAAUGGAUUUGAUUUCACGACAAACUGAUUGCGAUAAGUCAUUAUUUAAUAUGAAUUUGGCUGAUUUGAAUUGGGAAGCAUAUUGUGAAUCCUGUAUUCGGGGAUGUUUUAAAUACAUACUUCUGGAAUCUGAAAUGCCCAAACUAGAUAUUUGGAAAAGGGUUUUUUUGUUACACUAUGGAUUUAUUGCUAUCAUGGCUGUUAUAAUAUUUUAUACAUUUAUCUUAGUACUAAAUUUUAUAUUUUAGUAAUAAAACGUAUGUUUUCAUGUUAUA